AUGUCUGUUCGAUUAUCUGGAUACAUGGUUACUGAAGAUGUGCUCCUUUGUCAAGUAUUCAUAGAUAUUUCUCAAGACCCUAUUAUCAGUAGAAACCAGUCUCGAGAUGCAUUUUGGUCUCGUGUGGAGGACAUAUACAAUGAACUUCGAGAUCAGCAUUUUGAGUUAGUUCGAGCAAAGAUGUUAUUUAUGCAAGAACCAAAGUACAAAAAAGGUUUCAAAUUUGAUCUUGUCUGGAAUAUGGUUAAAAAUUUUGAAAAAAUUAAAGAUGAUGUCCCCACAGCAAGACAAGUUGGUCGAAGACAACCCCAAAGUGUGAACUUCGACUCGUCACAAUCAGAUAAUCCCACUCCGGAUUCUCCUAUAUCAACAUCUCCUGAACUGUCAUCAUUUACUCCACCUGAAUGA